GUUAGUUAGUUGGGUGGAUGGAUAGAUGAGAAUGGUAAUGGAAGUGCUUGUUAUCGAUCGAUGUUGCAUAUCAAAGUUGUGCAAUGGAUGGAAGUUUGCGUUAAUGGUUGUAUUUGAUUUUCGGUUGGAAUUAGAACUGGAGUAGAACUAGACUAUAAUUUAUUGAAAACUUAUUGAACUAUUAAAAUGUCGUUGACCAAAAGUGGGGGACGGACGCGUUUCUGGUUCUAUUGAUUGUCGGAUUUGCUGGGUGGCUUGCACGAUGGCUCCGUCUGGUGUCGUCGGGUUCCGGCGUCGGUUGUGAAUGCGUCGCGACGCUCACAGAGCAGCGCUCGCCGGAUCGACGCUCUGCCGUCGCGUGCGGUCGUUGGAUAUGGAUAUGGAGAGCAUGUAGAAAGGUGCUGCUGUUGGAUUUGGAUGUUGAACGUUACACACACGACGACGACGCCGACGACUACGAAGAUGGUUCUCUGCUACUCCUGUUCGAAUCACGGAAGAAGACUCCUCUGCUGAGAAUAUCCACCUCUGGCCUAACCAAAUUGUUAUGAGUUGAAGCCGAUCGUCGAUGGACUUUGAUUCUCCCGAAAGCGAGUGAAUCCCCAGUAGUGUGAAUCAUCAUGUCAUCAUCACCUUCUGGAGUCCCCGCCGGUGCCCCAAAUCGUCGGCAAAAGCGCAUGGGUCCGGCCCCGUUUGCAUCCUUCGAAGACCUCUCGGACGAGUUGGACAGUCCGGAGGAUAAGGCGACUUCGGGGUCUGUGGUUCGACUGCCCGGAAUACGGGAGGACAUCACGCCGUUGUCUCCUGCCGUGCAGAACCAAUUUGUCUACACCGGGAUCAGUCUGAUUGGUGCCCCGUCGACUCCGACCAUGGCGACGGCGAAGAGCAUGCUGGAAACACCGGCCGCACCGAGAAUCGAUAUCUCCAGGGCAAGCAGCAGCUCGCACCACGACAGCAAGGACAGUAGUCCGGAAAGGGAAUUGAUGAAGGACCAAGGGAAGGGUUUAGGAUUCAGGGAGGAGGGAACGUUGGAUCUGAGGUCGUCCACCGAGGAAUUGGAUUUUCAGAUUAAAGUGCGACCUCAUUCGCCGGCACUGCAGGAGGACUCGUAUCACAGUCACCAUCGAAAGGAUUCGCAGAGCUCCGAAGUGGGUCUUCUUUGUAUUUCAGGACGCACAUCAAGAUUGUCCAGUAUCGGGAGUCAAGGUUCAGCUCACAGCAGAGUCUCUAAUGCGAGCCAUCUGUCCGUUAUAUCUGGUCAGAGCGGCGUCUCGAGAUCUCCAUCUCCGCACAAAAUGCUCCUCGAGACAUCGUUCUGCGGUACGAAACCUCAAAAGAACAAAGAAGUUCGGGGCGAAUCCAAAGACGAAUUGGAACGGGUUCUGCUCAAAAGGAAACACGACCCGACAAAGGCGAUGCUCUGCGAAGGAAUCGUCGUCAAAGUCGAGGAAGCGCCACCGACAAAAAUUGAACUGCCAAAGAGACCGGAAAUUACGAUCAAGGUCGACAAGCCCACCCAGGAUAAACCCAAGAUCCCCAAACACAUUAUCAGCGAUAGCGGGACCGAGUACAUUUAUAUCCCACUAAGAGGACCACUCCCCGAAGACAAUUCCAAUGGGAAAACAAAAGUACGUGAAACGAAAUCUGUUACAAUACCAACAAGCCCAAAAGAAGUACUCAGCACGAGUAAAUCAAAAUCUGCGUCACCAUCUCCUGUUGUUAGCAGGCAUCAGAAUCUAUGCAACGAUCCCAAAUAUAUCAGGAUCAAAUUAAAGCCGGACCACUUGUACGACGACUUCGACAAGAUAGAGUUCCAGAAGCCAGACACACUGGACUUUAACAAUCCAAAGAAACCAGCUCAAACCUUCGAGCAGAUCCUCGCCUACCAACCGACUCCAACGGCAAGCCCAAAACAUCUUACCCCUUCUCCGUCCCUUUCGCGCAAAUCCUCCUUUGCAUCCUUGUUUAAAAGUCGCGAAACCAUUAGUCCUGAAUCCCCAACCACAAACACGAGCCGUCGAAAAAAUACGUUAACAGGUUUAGGUGAAAAGCUCAAGGAGCGACGCCGGAGCCGCUCGAAAAGUCGAGAACGCAGUGCAGGGCCCUCAUCGAGCGAGAGCAUUGACAGUAAGGGCCGCCAGAAAUCGAUGUUCUCUCUAUUCAAAACGAAGAAAACUAGCCAAAACAGUUCUCCGGACUUACCGAACCUUGAGGGCCUGGUAAACGUUGAGUGCAAAUCGAUGCCAAAGAAGAAGUAUUAUGAAACUCAGCUGGAGGGUGACAGCGUUAGAAUACCGCUGCAUUCACCAACGUACUACGAACAAAAGAACAUCCUGCAGGAAUUCAAAUCUUCUAGUCAAGACUCGCAGGAAACUGUCAUCGAAGUGCCGCAGAAGCAGACUGACGAAAAGAAGAAAGAUUUCCGCCAGAGCAGCACCAGCAGCGAAAAUAUUGUAUUCUCCACAAGACUUGGAAGCAGCAAUGAACUUUUUUCCACAAAAUUACCCAAGGACAAAAACUCUGAAGUGACAACUGCGAUUGUCGAAACGAUUAAAUACGAAGAAGAAGAAGAGACGAAGGUGCUGGUCGAAAAGAAGCGUUCGACCCCGAUAGAACAGAAAAAGGAAAUACCGGCAGAAUUUCAAAAUGCAUUUGAACCAACCACGAUUAUACAACCCAUCAAGAAGGAAUCGCCAAUCAUUUCCAAUGACAUUUCGAUAAAACCCAACGUCAAAUUAGACGAAUUCGAUGUUCCAAUGUUCGAGACACAAUUCAAUAUGGAAAAACGACAACAGUCGAUAGAUGAACUAAAAUUGUCCAAAGCAGUAGGAUUGAAACUGCAAAAACAGAAAAGUAUUACUCCGCCGGAGGCCGUAGUUACAGAGAGAACUCCGGACUUCGAAAUUCAUGUACAAAUAAGGAAAGCUGCAAAACCGGAAGUCAUUCAGAUGGUAACGAAGGAAGAUGAAAUAGGUUUGGCUAAAAUGGAAGAGCGCCAGGUACGAGAUGAACUGGAGGACGAGGAAGGGUAUUCGUCUGAGUCUGAGAGAGACUCCGAGGUGGAUAAGAAGGAGAUUGCAGAGGCGAUCGAACCGGAGCGGAAAGGUCUUGUGCUACAGCAAGAUUCGUUUGAAGAUGAACUUCCGUAUAUCCCAACGACACUGCCUCAAGAACGUUCUGUUGCUGUACCAAUCAUCCCUGUAAAGCAGCGUAACACCUUCGAAAUGAAAACGUGCCCGAUAGAUAGACCCAGAUCCACGACACCCAUAAAUCCUACAUGUCUCGAAGAUUACUGCGAAGAGGUGAUAGGAAAUAUCAACACGGAAAACAUCACCAAAACCAUCGAGAAGUUGAAGAUUUGCUUACCGCGAGAAGACAGCUGCGAUAAACCGAAGGAUAGAUCUCCUCGCAAGGUGAGCACCGGAAAUUGGUUCGACUUUGGGAAGACGAAAAAGACACCCGAAGAGGCCCCACCAUUGCCACCGAAGGCCGGAAUCGUUCAAAAAGAAUGGAUCAAUUUCGAGGAGAUCCCGGAAAAGCGGAAGCCUCCAAAGAGGAUUCAGACGAUUCCUUCGCGCGGACAGAUCGAGGUGCCGAAGAACGUGUUGCAAGAGAACGUUAUUUACACGUACGUCAAUCCGGAAGACUGCAAGUGCGAGUGCCACGAGAGGACGCAACAUCCGACCAACGAGGAACCUGUCAUGGAGGACGAAGUCCCUUUAAUCGAGGACGAUACUAACGACGACGAUAAAACAGGAGCGACAAUCGAUAAAGUUAAACUUGAUGUAACUAUUUUAGAUAGGAGAAGUAUUGUUAGUGAUUCUUCUGUGGACUUAAGUGCCAACAUCGACCAUGCGGAUGCCAACGGAAUUGACCAUUCGCUCCGAACUCCUUUCACAAGUGACUUAGGAAUUUCAAGCAAUAGAUCGAGCAUUAUAUCGCAGGAUGAUGCGCAAUCGCCCGACACAGACUCGCCAAAUGCCUUUCCAAAAACCUAAACUCAAUCAUAUUUUCUAUGUCUUUUUCUGCCUAUUCUUACGGUGUAACAGGAGUAAAAAUAAUUUUUAUCUUCGCCGAUGGAUUUUUAAAUACACACAUAUAUAUCUAAAUGUAUAUGUAUAUACCAGUAGUCAUUACAGAACCAAACUAUGUGCACCCCCUUCCAAAUCCACGAUACAGAUUUGCGGACUCACGAGAGUCUCUGAAACGAACGUGAUUUUUGUUUGCUUUUUCCUCUCUAGAUGUGUCUCAAUGUAAAAGAACUAAACUAAAAAUCGACUAGCCAUUUCUCUUAUUUUUUAUCUCUCUUUCUCGAUAUUAUUAAACAGGAUAAGGUAUUCCGAAUAAGUGUGUGUGUUUAUGUACAUAGGCCUACAGUUCGUCUUGAAGUUUUAACAAAAAAAAAA